AAUACUUUCCUGGCCGCCCAUGGGUAUCCCGCAGCCCACAGAUUCUAUUCCUCCGGCCAAUGGCGUGUCUCCAUUCUCCAGCGAACGCUGUUUCUGACGAUUCAACCCACCCAAAUUGCUCGAACGGAGAAUCUUGGCCCGGAGCUUCAUCUUUCCUAUAAAAUUCCCUGCUUCGACAUUGAAGGCGUCUAAUCUAGCUUAACAACGCCUCGACAAUCAAGUCACUAACCUGAGAAGCCGCUCGCUACUGCAAGAGAGAGAAGAUGCAGAGUUUGCAAGAUAAGGCUUCCGAGUGGAGCGGAGUGAAGCGUGAAGAUGCCUUCGCCAUCGAUGAAGUCAAUUUGUUUCAGAAGUUAGGCCUCCAGACGUUCGUCAAUCUAUCGACCAAAUUCUAUAACAGGGUGUACGACGAGGAGGAGGAGUGGUUUCGAUCAAUUUUUGGGAAUUCGAAGAAAGAGGAUGCAAUUCAAAAUCAGUACGAGUUCUUCGUGCAGAGAAUGGGAGGUCCGCCUCUAUAUUCUCAAAGAAAAGGUCAUCCAGCUCUUAUAGGUCGACAUCGACCGUUCCCAGUCACGCAUAGAGCGGCAGAGAGGUGGUUACAUCACAUGCAGCUAGCAUUAGACGAAACCCCAGAUAUAGAUGCAGAUUCAAAAGUCAGAAUGACAAACUUUUUCAGACACACAGCUUUCUUUCUCGUGGCUGGAGAUGAGAUGAAGAAUCAAAACCUGCAAACUCAAUGCAAGCAUGGUAUCCAGCAACCUGCUGCCCCAUAGAGAUAUUCUAGGACAGUCACAGAAGCAUAUCUUCCAGUCAAAUAAUUUGAUCUUACAUGCUGGUAAGACUGUUGAAUAUAUGUAUUUCCAUCUCCAACUGACAUUGAAUCUUUACUGAUAAGAGAGGACUCUCCUCUAUUUGACUUGAA